CACCCGCCUCGGCCUCCCAAAGUGCUGGGAUGACAGGCCUGAGCCAUAGCACUUCGCUUGGCUGAUGGUGUGUGCUGUUUUGUGGCUACCUCGAGAACCAGCCUCCCGCAGUCCCUAGGGACACUAGUGGGGCUGGCGGGUGUUUCCUCCUCACAGGCCUGGCCUAGCUGCUCGGCUUCCUCCUUUUUGUAUUUUUAUUUUAUUUUAGAGAUGGGGUCUUGCUCUGUCACCCAGGCUGGAGUGGAGCGGCACGAUCAUAGCUCACUGCAGCCUCAACCUCCUGGGCUCAAGCAAUCCUCCCACCUCAGCUUUCUGAGUAGCUGGAGCACUACAGGAGCACGCCACCAUGUCCAGCUAAAAUUUGCUUGUACAGACGAAGUCUCGCUAUGUCGCCCAGGCUGGUCUCAAACUCCUGGACUCAAGCGAUCCUCCCGCCUCAGCCUCCCAAAGUGCUGGGACUACAGGUGUGAGCCACCGUGCCCAGCCACGGCUCCCUCCUGAAGGCUCCAGGCCUAAGUGUCCCGCCCCCUUGCUCUGUGGCUCAGCCCCUGGGCAACUCCUGCUUGCCAUGGCUUUGGCUGGCACCUCCGUGGCCCCACUGCCCGGUCAGUCUUCGCAGGCCUGGCCCCCAGUAGCUGUGUGGUUUCUGCCUUCCUCCUGCACUCUGGUGGUCACAGGCCCUGCUGUGUGGGUACAGGGCAGGCGGCUAGGGCUGCAGUGUAAGCUCUGUGAGUGCAGGCGGCCCUGGGCACUGGAGCCUUGUUGCACGGACGUGCUCCUGGCACCCUUGUUGAUGAAUGAGCGAAUGUGUGUGGGAGUGAAUCCCAGAGGGUGCAGGCCACGGCACUGGGGGAGGACCCUCUCGGCUGCCUCCCAGUGGGCUUCAGGGACUCAGAGAGACCCUGCCAAGCACCUCUGUCCUCUGCUCCCGGACGGGGGCUGCAGAGAGCUCUCAAGGGGCCUUGGGAGGCACAAGCAGGCCAGGGUCCCAGGGAGGGGAGGCAGGAGGCAGCAGGGCCGGAUGGUGGGCUGCAGGGGUGGAAGGAACAGGACAGUCUGGUCUGGGGGUGCUGGCUGUGGGAGACAGAGGCCAGGCCACAAAGCAGAACGGUGGGUGAGCAGGAGGGGGUGGGAGCCUUUUUCAAAAGGCUUUCAGGGACUUUUUAUAUUUAAUGAUUGAAACAAAAGAUAUCGAAAACUGCAGCUCCUAAGAACCACUUGUUCUCGCCCUGGUUCCUCUCCUUGGGCUUGACCUUGGCCUCCUGCAGGGCCUGGCAGCGGACAGCAGAGUCCCUGCUUCCCCAGACUGGGCGAGGGAGAGCGUGGGUCCCCAGGAAUGGGGGAGGUGGUGCGGCUGGCUUUAGGAUGCCCAUUCUGGAACCUUCUGGUGGAAGAAAGCAGGGAUCAGUACAGUAUGCUUGAUGCACACACUGCAGACCCUCUCCCGGCUGUGCAGCUGGUCUGAUCUGGGCUCAGAGGCUGCCACUGCUCAGUGCCCCCCUGGGUAAUUUUGCAGGAGGCCAGGAGGGUUCCUGGCGGUUAGUGCCGCCCACACAGAGAAUUUCAGAGCCAUAUAAAUGGGUCUCCAGGGCCUGGAGGGACUGCACACCCUGGGCCUGUGGCGCGGUGUGGACCUGGGAGGAUGGGCGGCCUGCUGCUGGCUGCUCUUCUGGCUUUGGUCUCGGUGCCCAGGGCCCAGGCCGUGUGGUUGGGAAGACUGGACCCUAAGCAGCUUCUUGGGCCCUGGUACGUGCUUGCGGUGGCCUCCCGGGAAAAGGGCUUUGCAGUGGAGAAGGACAUGAAGAACGUCGCGGGGGUGGUGGUGACCCUCACUCCAGAAAACAACCUGCGAAUCCUGUCCUCUCAGCAGGGGCUGGAGGGGUGCAGCCAGAGUGUCAUGGAGCUAAUAAAGCGAAACUCCGGAUGGGCGUUUGAGAAUCCCUCGAUAGGCGUGCUGGAGCUCCGGGUGCUGGCCACCAACUUCAGAGACUAUGCCAUCAUCUUCACUCAGCUGGAGUUUGGGGAUGAGCCCUUCAACACCGUGGAGCUGUACAGUCGGAUGGAGACAGCCAGUCAGGAGGCCAUGGGGCUCUUCACCAAGUGGAGCAGGAGCCUGGGCUUCCUGUCACAGCAGCAGGCCCAGCUGCAGAAGGACCGUGAGUGUCCACCGGAGCAGCCACGGGGGAGGCUUGGGGCAAGUUCUGGAGCCCACAGGGCGUGAUGGGGUGACACAGACCCUGGGGCUGAUUCUGGCUUCUGCCUGACUCAGACGCCCUCAGGGAGUCAGGCAGGCUGAGGGGGUCUUCACCUGCCCCUGCCCAAAGUCAGGCCUGGGGGGCUGGUCCCCAUGGCCAGGGAGUCCUGUGGGCGGGGCCCUGGGGUGCUGGGGGGCUCAGUCCUUUUUCACAGCCAGUCUUGCCUUCCCUUCUAGUCACCUGUGCUCACAAGAUCCUUCCGGUAAGCCGCCGUCCUGAGCCUCACCCCGGCUCCCUUGGGGGUAGGGGGUUGGGGAGGCCACACUACGCACAGUAGACGGGAGGAUCCUCUGCCCAAGCCCACGGGGUUUGUGGCUCCACUGCCUCUAAGGCGGCUGAGGGUGUGGAGGGCGCCUCCGUGGUGUGCUGGGCCCCUCACACUCCUCUUGGUUUUCAGUGAGUGCUGCGUCCCCAGUAGGGAUGGCGCCCGCAGGGUCCUGUGACCUCGGCCAGUGUCUACCCACCUCGCUCAGCGGCUCCCGGGGCCCAGCACCAGCUCAGAAUAAAGCGAUUCCACAGCAAA